UUUUUCUAUAAAGAUCCCUCCGUCCCCACAACUCUCCUCUCUAACCCUAUCGUUUUCUCUCUGUUCUUUCUGUCUUUGGGUGUUUGUUUUUCUCUCUGUUUUAAUCCCCAAAAAUGCGUGAAAUCCUUCACAUCCAGGGAGGCCAAUGCGGCAACCAGAUUGGUGCCAAGUUCUGGGAAGUGGUCUGUGCCGAACACGGCAUUGACUCAACAGGGAAGUACAAUGGGGACUCGGAUCUUCAACUUGAGAGGAUCAAUGUUUAUUACAAUGAAGCAAGUUGUGGAAGGUAUGUUCCCAGGGCUGUCCUCAUGGAUCUUGAACCUGGUACCAUGGACAGUGUUAGGUCUGGUCCUUAUGGUCAGAUUUUCAGACCAGACAACUUCGUUUUCGGACAAUCUGGUGCGGGAAACAACUGGGCUAAAGGUCAUUACACUGAGGGCGCUGAACUCAUCGAUUCUGUUCUUGAUGUUGUCCGAAAGGAAGCCGAGAAUUGUGACUGCUUGCAGGGAUUUCAGGUUUGCCAUUCCCUGGGAGGAGGAACAGGAUCUGGUAUGGGAACCCUUCUGAUUUCGAAGAUCAGAGAGGAGUACCCGGACAGGAUGAUGCUUACUUUCUCUGUUUUUCCUUCCCCAAAGGUCUCAGAUACAGUGGUUGAGCCUUACAAUGCUACUUUGUCCGUUCAUCAGCUUGUUGAAAAUGCAGAUGAGUGUAUGGUUCUUGACAAUGAGGCUCUCUAUGACAUUUGCUUCCGUACCCUCAAGCUCACUACCCCAAGCUUUGGUGAUUUGAAUCAUUUGAUAUCUGCUACAAUGUCUGGAGUCACAUGUUGUUUGAGAUUCCCUGGUCAGCUAAACUCUGAUCUCAGGAAGCUCGCCGUGAAUCUCAUUCCUUUCCCUAGGCUGCACUUCUUUAUGGUUGGUUUUGCACCUCUUACCUCUCGCGGUUCCCAGCAGUACAGAGCCUUGACCGUGCCUGAGCUCACCCAGCAAAUGUGGGAUGCCAAGAACAUGAUGUGUGCAGCUGAUCCACGCCAUGGGAGGUACCUUACAGCCUCAGCUAUGUUCAGAGGCAAAAUGAGCACAAAGGAAGUUGAUGAGCAGAUGCUCAAUGUCCAGAACAAGAAUUCGUCCUAUUUUGUGGAAUGGAUUCCAAACAAUGUCAAAUCAACUGUCUGUGAUAUCCCUCCAAAUGGCUUGAAAAUGGCAUCGACCUUCAUCGGGAACUCAACUUCGAUCCAGGAAAUGUUCAGACGUGUGAGUGAGCAGUUCACAGCAAUGUUUAGGAGGAAGGCCUUCUUGCAUUGGUACACAGGUGAAGGUAUGGAUGAGAUGGAGUUCACCGAGGCAGAAAGCAACAUGAAUGAUCUGGUUUCUGAGUAUCAGCAGUACCAGGAUGCAACUGCUGAUGAGGAAGAGUAUGAGGAGGACGAGGAGGAGUAUCAAGAAUGAUUCACUUCUAGUUUUUUCGGGAUGUAAAACAAUGCUAAAAAAAGUAUCCAAUUGCCAGUCUCUGGCAACAGAAAAGGAUUAAUCUGGAUAGCUGUAUGCCAAUAUGAAUGUUAAAUAUAUUGAUAAUUCCAGUUCUGUUCUUCCAA